AUGUUGUGUUUCCGAAAAAGCCCUGUGUGUAAAAGACGGGAGCAAAGGGACCGGGAGGUGACUCACAUGGAGCAAAGGGACCGGGAGGUGACUCACACGGAGCAAAGGGACCGGGAGGUGACUCACACAGAGCAAAGGGACCGGGAGGUGACUCACACAGAGCAAAGGGACCAGGAGGUGACUCACACAGAGCAAAGGGACCAGGAGGUGACUCACACAGAGCAAAGGGACGGGGAGGUGACUCACACGGAGCAAAGGGACCGGGAGGUGACUCACAUGGAGCAAAGGGACCGGGAGGUGACUCACACGGAGCAAAGGGACCGGGAGGUGACUCACACGGAGCAAAGGGACCGGGAUGUGACUCACACAGAGCAAAGGGACCGGGAGGUGACUCACACAGAGCAAAGGGACCGGGAGGUGACUCACACAGAGCAAAGGGACCGGGAGGUGACUCACACAGAGCAAAGGGACCGGGAGGUGACUCACACAGAGCAAAGGGACCGGGAGGUGACUCACACAGAGCAAAGGGACCGGGAGGUGACUCACACAGAGCAAAGGGACGGGGAGGUGACUCACUCAGAGCAAAGGGACCAGGAGGUGACCCACACAGAGCAAAGGGACGGGGAGGUGACUCACAUGGAGCAAAGGGACCGGGAGGUGACUCACACGGAGCAAAGGGACCGGGAGGUGACUCACACAGAGCAAAGGGACCGGGAGGUGACUCACUCAGAGCAAAGGGACCGGGAGGUGACCCACACAGAGCAAAGGGACGGGGAGGUGACUCACACAGAGCAAAGGGACUGGGAGGAGGUGACUCACACGGAGCAAAGGGACCGGGAGGUGACUCACACAGAGCAAAGGGACGGGGAGGUGACUCACACGGAGCAAAGGGACCGGGAGGUGACUCACACGGAGCAAAGGGACCGGGAGGUGACUCACACAGAGCAAAGGGACCGGGAUGUGACUCACACAGAGCAAAGGGACCGGGAGGUGACUCACACAGAGCAAAGGGACCGGGAGGUGACCCACACAGAGCAAAGGGACCGGGAGGUGACUCACACAGAGCAAAGGGACCGGGAGGUGACUCACACAGAGCAAAGGGACCGGGAGGUGACUCACACAGAGCAAAGGGACCGGGAGGUGACUCACACAGAGCAAAGGGACGGGGAGGUGACUCACACGGAGCAAAGGGACCGGGAGGUGACUCACACAGAGCAAAGGGACCGGGAGGUGACUCACUCAGAGCAAAGGGACCGGGAGGUGACUCACACAGAGCAAAGGGACCAGGAGGUGACUCACACAGAGCAAAGGGACCGGGAGGUGACUCACACAGAGCAAAGGGACCGGGAUGUGACUCACACAGAGCAAAGGGACGGGGAGGUGACUCACACAGAGCAAAGGGACUGGGAGGUGACUCACUCAGAGCAAAGGGACCAGGAGGUGACCCACACAGAGCAAAGGGACGGGGAGGUGACUCACAUGGAGCAAAGGGACCGGGAGGUGACUCACACGGAGCAAAGGGACCGGGAGGUGACUCACACGGAGCCAAGGGACUAG